AUGGAUUCAGAUAAUUCAACCCUGACGGACCAUUUGCUGUAUGUUCCUUUGUGUAAUGGAUGGACCAAUAACACAGAAGGGGCCCUGUACCAUCUGGGCAACACCAUCCUGUUCCUGGGCUACAUGGGGGGCAGUGGAGCCUAUGGCUGCCUCUUCAUCUUUGGCUUUCUGAGCCCAGCCUUCCUCUGCCUCACGCUCUGGGGCUGGAUGACUAUGUGUGGCCUGGACGUGUUGAGCUGGAACAUGCUGCUGCUGUUUGUGUGUUUGGUUCAGAUCUGUCACCUCUUGUUCAGACUGCAGCAGGAGGGGCUGCCCAGCGAGGAGCUCACCUCCCUGUACCAGGCCGUCUACCUACCCCUGGGUGUUCCAGUGCAUGUCUUCAAGCAGAUUGCUGCUGCCUUUGAAAACAAAGUUGUGGAGCUUAAAGUAGGAGAGACUUAUGCUGUGGAAGGGAAGACCUCCAUUGAUCAGCUGUCGUUUCUUCUGUCGGGCAGGAUCAAUGUUUCUUUGGAGGGACAGUUUCUUCACUACAUCCACCGUAACCAGUUCCUGGACUCUCCAGAGUGGGAGUCACUUCAACCAAACGAAGAGGGAAAGUUCCAGGUGACUCUGACGGCUGAAGAGGACUCUCGGUACAUCACAUGGCGUCGCCGUCGCCUUUACCUGCUCAUGUCCAGAGAGCGCUACAUCGCCCGUCUGUUCGCGGUCAUGUUGGGAUAUGACAUUUCAGAGAAGCUGUAUAACCUCAACAACAAGCUGUACAUUAAGAGCGGUGUGCUCCUGGACAUCCGUCUCCCCAGUCUCUACCAUGUCCUCGCCCCGUCGUCCCAGGGCAGUGACGGGGGAAGUGGGAGUGAUGCUGGUCUAUUAAAAGAUUCUAAAGAGGAAGAGGCUGCUCCAGAGUACCAGCCCUCAGACCAGGCCAAGCCGGACCACUGGAGAUCACCAGAGAAGCCCCGAAGUGACCGCUGGGACCCGGAGCUGCCCUUGGGUGAGGACUCCACCAGCCUGGUCUUGGAGGACUUUGCUGAUGUGGCAGGCUCUUUGAUGGACUAUGGCAGGUCACCUUUUAAACACAUAGGAAGAUGA